AUGUCAAGUGCUAAUACAUUCAACAGGGCUAAUAACAACGAGACAAACUCGGGAAACCACAAACAGAACCACCACGAGUUACCCAACGAAUCUGAUGAUUCUCAACUCUCUGACGAGGAUGAUUCACUUUUGAGACUUUCACAACAAGCACAACACAGGAAACUAAGUCAACUGCAACUUGUCAAUGACGAACCACUUGAACCAAUGGAUCCAAUUGUGACGGCUAACAACAGUGGCGAUAUAGAUUACGAUGAAGAUUUCAGCAAUGAUCCAAUCGUAGAGGAGGAAGAGGAUGACGAAGAAGAAGAAGGAGAGGAAGAAGAAGAAGAAGAUGAUGAUGAUGACUCCGUUCAUAAUGACGACAAUGAUCACCCAGAUGAAGAUGAGGAAUUGGAAAUGCUUGAAACUGCUGAUUUUCUACGUCAACUAAUGCAAGCUAGAAGGAUAUCGGAAAUGAACUCUGGCUCUGGUGACAACAACAACAACAACACUAACAAUAACCAAAAUGCAUCAAAUGCCAACGAAGAACAACCUAGGGAAGGAGAACUAGAUGAUGCUCGUGCUGAGUUCCUUCGUGCAAUUGGUGCUUUAUCAGGUGCAAGGAGAGGUGAGUCUUCCAAUGCAGCAAGGACAGAAGAAGCCAGAGGAGGUUCUGAUAACAAUGACCAUGGUUCUGGUGGAAGAAAUGCUCCUACCGGGUUUGUUGAUGUCAUGCAAAGAUUAAUGGGUGGUGGUAUAAUGUUUGGAGGUGGUUUGCAGGAGGGUGAAAAUAUCGGAGCACUUGUUGACAAUUUGGAACAAAGAGGAGAUACUUUUAUCAUUCUUGAAUCAUUGAAUCAAAUAUCAGAAAAUUUAUUAAUGAUGAAUGGUUUGACUGCCGAACGUUUAAUCCCAUCUAAUAGAUUAGCCAGAAAUCUUGUGAAUAUAAUGGAUGACCCAACGCUAGAAGAAGAAUUAGAAUUGCAUCUUGUUGCAUGUCGUUGUUUAUACAACUUCCUAGAAGUUAAUCAAGAUUUCAUUCAUGAUGCAUUGAACAAUAAUGCCGUACCGGCGUUAUGCAACAAGCUAUUGGAAAUAAAGUACAUUGAUCUCACGGAACAGGCAUUACAGACUCUUGAGAUGAUUUCAAGGGAUACCAUUUCACAUAACAGCAUUAUUGUGAAUAACGGCUUGACAGCAUGUUUACAAUACCUUGACUUUUUGACAGUGCAUGCUCAAAGAAAGUGUCUCAGUAUUGUAUCAAAUUCCUGUACCAACAUUUCAGUCUCCAAUUUCAACAAAAUCAAGGAAGCUUUCACAAGUAUUACAGAAGUUGUUAGAGCUCAUAAUGAUCAAAAUGUAGUUGAAAAUGCGUGGAUCACUAUUGCCAGGAUUAUCGAAUGUUUCAAAAAUAAACCAGACUAUUUAAAUGAGCUUUUUUCGGGUAAGGAGUUGUUUUUCAAAGAAUUGGUCAAUGUUAUUCUAGUUAGUUGUAAUAAAUCACUGAACACUAGUGCAGAAUCGGAACAAGUUGCAUUGUCUUACAGCUCAUGCUUGAGCUUGAUCAAGUCAUUGAUAAUUUUAAGUAGUGUUAGCAUUGAAGUUUCCAAAAUCUUAUUGAGCGACUGUGACAUUGGAUCUAUGAUUGUUAAAGCAUUGAACAAAUUUGCAAGAUCAAGGAGUAGUAAGUCCAAUGAGGCUGCGAAGGGUAACGAUGAAGCCACGAUAUCAAUUGAGGCAUUGUUGGCAGCACCCAAAGAGUUGGUGUCACAAUUUUUGACCUUAAUUGGAUACUUAUUGCCAAUAAUCUAUACCCCAGCAAAAGCCCUCUACUUGAAACCGGAUUUUGAAGACUACGAAGAAAAGGAAAACAUCAAUCACAAAAGAGUUGAAUUAUGUACCGAGAUCAUUCCUGACGAUUUCUGGAAAUUUGUCAACGAAGUAUGGACACUACUGAUUUACAGUAUUCAAGCAACAACAGAUGUCGAUAUUAGGCGAAGGGGAUUCAUCAACUUGUACAGAAUUGUGAGUUCCAUAAACGAGCCUCAACUAGGGCAAAUCAAACACCAUGAACUUAUAUCUGGAUUAUUGGCCUCUGUGGUUAAUCAAUAUCAGCCGCAGGUUUUGCAAGGAUUAAAGAGUAUGGCAGAUUCUCGGAAACAAGAAGAAGAUGUUGACAUGAGAACUAGUGAUUUUGAAGACUUUGAUGACGCUCGUGAUCAACUUUCUAGUGAAGAAAGACAAUAUGAUGAAAGCGAUGAAGAAAUGGAUGGUGGAACCAGCGAAAAUGAUGAGAGCCAAGAAAAUGAGGAAAACGAUGAAGGUGAGGAGGAAGAAGAAGAUGCCGAUGACGAUGAGGAGGAUGAUGCCGAUGACGAUGACGAUGAUGGUGAGGACGAUUUCCCUGUAGUCACCAAUCGGCCUGAAGACCUCAAAAGUCUUAACUCAACAAUGCUAAUGUUAAGUGCACUAGAGAUACUUAAUGUGUUGUUGAAGAAGGCAGCUAGCGUAUACCUACAAGCUUUUGAAAGAGAGGGAUUGAUGAAUGAUGUUACCUCAAUUUUGAAAAGCUCUUCGUUUUUAAGGAAAGGCUCAAGGACAAAAUCAGCACAAAAUCAUUUUCUGGCCUCAUUUGCAAACAAAUACAUAGAUGUGGAGUAUACCAAGGAAUACGAAUUCAGAUCCUCGAUAAAGGAUGUUUAUUUCAAGAUCAAGUCGGCUGCUUCAGAGAUCAAGAAGGAAUAUAAUAAUGAGAAAAUGUCUCAAAGUAGUGAGCUUUCAGAACACAUGCGAUUAUUGUAUUUUGUGAAGGAAAUCCUAUCAGAUAUAAAGACGACAAAGUCAUUCACAUAUGAUGAGUGGUUGCAAGUGUGGGAGCAAUUCAAGUUUGCUUUACAAGGUGCAUCAGAUAAAGUUCAUGUUUCCAGUUUUGAGCUCAUUUCUUCGGGAGUAAUAACGCAAUUGACAAAUUUAUUGACAUCUAAUGAUUCAGACCACGUUUUUGAAUCCAGUCCUUGUUAUCGUGCAUUUAUUCACUCCUUUUUCAAUGAUGACUGCUCAGACGCCAAAUUACUAGUACAUCAAUUGCUUGAAGCAUUAACGAGGUCAGAAUCUUUUGAAAUUGUUUCGGCAGGAAGUCAUAACCAUCAUUCAGCAUCAUCUCGUGAUCAACAACAAGCGACCUUGAUGGCGAAUCAAAUCAAGUUAAAGUUGAAUCUUGAGGGUGAUUUGGGUGAUCUCAAGAUGCCCACCAAUUUGCAAAAUAUGGUAGUGUCCGUUCAUGCAAUUGCUACAUUCAAAUCAAUUCUUUCGUUCUUGAAGCAAAGAUUACAGUUCAUGGAGCAGUUGACAAAUAUAGGUUCCAAUAGAGCAUCAAGCAAUGAAACAGAAGAAGGGAAAAAAUUUGACUUUAGCUUGGAGUUUUUGAUCAAUGGUGAGGUUAUUCCCCUUGAGACGACUAUCUAUGGUGCUAUUUAUCGAUCAGCUCAAACCAAGCCGGAUGAAAUAGUUGAUCCGAAAAAGAUAUGGACUAAUUUACACCAAAUAACGUUUCGAAAAGUCAGUAAUGAAGUGAGCAACGAAGAUGUUUUCAAUAACUACAAUAGUAAUGUUGACGAUUCUGAGUUGACCAUUUAUGACAAGACAACGAUUGGGGUCUUGCAGCUUUUGAAAGUGUUGUUCAAGAUGAAUACUUUUGUUCACCACGGGGGUAAACCAAGUGUGCCAGUUAAGGACUUUAUCAACUGGAAAUUGACGGCAAAGUUGAAUAGACAAUUGGAAGAGCCAUUGGUGGUGGCCAGUGGUACAUUACCGGGAUGGAGUAUACACUUAACAAAACAGUUUCCUUUUAUAUUUCCGUUGGCAACUAGGAUUUUCUUUUUUCAAUCCACUUCUUUUGGUUAUUCUCGUUUGAUUCAUCAAUGGCAGUUGAGAACAAACCAAAAUUAUGAAGAUAAUAGAGGUAAUGACAACGCAAAUAACAAUUCCGCUUAUAAUCAAAGACCACAAUUAGGAAGGCCAAAUAGACACAAGGUGAGAAUUUCAAGAAAGAUGAUGUUGCAAAGUGCAUUAAAAGUGUUGGGAAUGUAUGGGUCAACUCCUGGUAUAUUGGAAAUUGAAUAUUUUGAUGAAGUUGGAUCUGGAUUAGGACCAACAUUGGAGUUUUAUUCUACUGUAUCAAAAGAGUUUUCUAAGCGUAAAUUGAAGUUAUGGAGAGAUGAUAAUAGAUACGAUGGUGAUGCUGAAGGAUAUGUGGAAAACAAGCAUGGAUUGUUUCCAUCACCAAUGGAUAAACAACAAGUGAAUAAUGAGAAUGGGAAAAAGAUUUUGUACUUUUUUUCGUCACUAGGCAAGUUUAUUGCUCGUGCUUUGUUGGAUUCAAGAAUCAUUGAUUUCAAUUUCAACCCGAUAUUCCUCAAAUUGGUGCAAUUCUUGAAUCAAAAGAAUACAUCUUCACAAUCACAACCAUUGAAUCAAAAAUUGAUGAAAAAGAUUGUUUCUUUACAGAAUUUGAAAUUGGUUGAUCCUGAAUUGGCUAAAUCUUUGCAGCACUUACAAAAAUAUGCAAAAGUCUUUGAAAAUGUUCCUCCUGAACAGAGGAACUUUGUUGAAAUUGAUGGAGCCAAGCUUGGUGAUUUAGGAAUAUACUUUGAGCUACCCGGAUACCCCAAAUAUGAAUUGAUACCAAAUGGAAGUGAUACAUUAGUUCAAGCUGAUAAUUUAGAUCUUUACAUUACAAAAGUUCUCGAGAACACUUUAUUCACCGGUGUCAUUCAUCAAACUAAAGCGUUUAUGGAUGGGUUUUCCAAAGUAUUCCCCAUUAGUUCGUUGAUGAUUUUUUCACCACAAGAAUUGGUCGAAUUAUUUGGAAAUUGUGAGGAAGAUUGGUCAUUUGAUGCAUUAUCAUCAGCAAUUGUAGCCAAUCAUGGAUACAGUAAAGAUUCUCCUGAAAUUAAAGAAUUGAUCAAUAUCCUAAUUGAUUUUGAUUUGGAAGAGAAAAGGCAGUUUUUGCAGUUUCUCACAGGAUCUCCGAAAUUGCCCAUUGGUGGGUUUAAGGCUCUAAGGCCAGAAUUGACCGUUGUUCGAAAACAUGCUGAAGAUGGAUUGAAAGAUGACGAUUAUUUACCUAGUGUUAUGACGUGUGCUAAUUAUUUGAAAAUACCGAAAUAUUCGAGUAAAGAGGUAAUGAGAGAGAAAUUGUUGCAAGCGGUUAAAGAAGGAGCUGGUGCAUUCUUGUUGUCAUAG